GCGGUCGCGGGGUGUGCUGGGAGCGGGAGCCGCCGCCAUGAACCUGGACCUGCGCAGGGAGCGGGAGUCGGCGACCUUCCCCACCGAGGCCCUCACCCACCUCCUGGAUGGGGGGCCCGAGAAAACCCGGCGUCGGCGGGAGAUCGAAUCUCUUGCGCUUAAUGAUCCCGAACUCCAACAUGAAGACCUGAACUUCAUGACCUAUAGUGAGCGCUACGAUGUAGCAGUGAGGAAAAGUUCCCUGAUGGUGAAGAAGAUCCAAGAGCAUGCCAUCUCAGACCCAGAGGAAAUCAUGUUCUUCAAGAGAGCUUGUCUGUCCAAAAAGGUAGAACCUCUGAACCUCCACUUUAGCAUGUUCAAACCCACCCUGGAGAACCAGUGCACUCCAGAGCAGAAAGAGAAGUGGCUGAACCUGUCUAACCGCAUGCAGAGCAUCGGCACCUACGCCCAGACCGAGCUGGGCCACGGCUCAUUCAUCCGUGGUUUGGAGACGACGGCAACUUACGAUCCUUCCACCCAGGAGUUUGUGCUGAACAGCCCAACUGUGACUUCAAUCAAAUGGUGGCCCGGAGGAUUGGGAAAGACCUCAAACCAUGCUAUUGUUCUCGCUCAGCUCUACACCCAGGGUCAGUGUAGGGGGCUGCACGCUUUCAUUGUGCCCAUCCGCAAGAUGGGCACCCACGAACCCUUGCCUGGUGUGGUGGUGGGUGAUAUUGGACCAAAGUUUGGAUAUGAUGAGGUGGACAAUGGCUUCCUGAAGCUGGAGAACAUACGUGUUCCUCGUGAAAACAUGCUAAUGAGAUAUGCAAAGGUGAUGCCAGAUGGUACUUACAUGAAGCCUCCAAGUGAUAAGCUAACAUAUGGCACGAUGGUUUUCAUUCGCUCCAUGAUUGUGGGGGAGUCGGCACGUGUCUUAUCUCAAGCGUGUACCAUUGCCAUCCGCUAUAGUGCAGUUCGACAUCAGUCGGAGCUGAAACCUGGUGCUCCAGAACCACAGAUACUGGAUUAUCAGACUCAACAGUACAAGCUCUUUCCCUUAUUGGCGACUGCCUACGCCUUCUGCUUUGUAGGAAACUUCAUGAGGGACAUGUACCAUCGCAUCACUGGGGACGUGAACGACGGAGACUACAGCCAAUUGCCUGAGCUUCACUCUCUGUCUGCCGGACUGAAGGCCUUCACCACCUGGGUGGCCAGUGCAGGAAUUGAGGAGUGUCGCAUGGCUUGCGGGGGUCACGGGUACUCGCGAUCCAGUGGUCUCCCUGACAUCUAUGUCACGUUCACACCCACCUGCACGUACGAAGGAGAGAACACAGUGAUGAUGCUGCAGACAGCUCGAUACCUGUUUAAGAGUUAUUCGCGGGCUAAGUCUGGACAGAGGCUGUCGGGCACAGUGUCGUACCUGAGUGACUUGCGCAACCACAUCCAGCCCCAGCAAGUGGCCGGCCGACCCCCAGUGAUCAACAUCGAUGAUGUCGGCAGGCUGGUCGAAGCAUACAAACUGCGAGCAGCCAGCCUGAUUGAAGGAGCUGCACAGAAUUAUCACAUGGAGCUGGGACACAGGGACAGCAAGGAGGAAGCCUGGAACAGUACUGCCAUUGACCUGGUCAGAGCAUCAGAGGCUCAUUGCCACUAUGUGGUGGUGAAGCUGUUUGCUGCUAAGUUGUCCGAGAUCACAGAUGCCUCAAUCCACGACGUUCUCUGUACACUCUUCCAGUUGUAUGCCCUGUAUGGAAUUACUAAGAACUCUGGAGAUUUUUUGCAUGCUGGGAUCUUUAAUGACCAGCAGAUCUCCCAGGUGCAGCAACGCAUGAAGGAACUGCUCGCUGCAGUCCGACCCAAUGCUGUGGCUCUAGUGGAUGCCUUCGACUAUCCUGACGCCAUCCUUUCAUCUGUGCUCGGGCGCUACGAUGGCAAUGUUUAUGAGCACAUGUUUGAAUGGGCAAAACGAUCACCUCUGAAUAAAACUGAGGUGCAUGAAUCAUUCUACAAAUAUCUGAAGCCUCUGCAGUCCAAGCUGUGAGACUCUGCUGAUGGUUCUUUGCACAACAAGUUGGAUCCAGCUGUAGAUCAAACUCUAAAUCUUUAAUUUCAGUCCUACCAAUUGCUGACCCACUAGAAUUGCAGUCCUUUCCAGCUGCUGUCUCUGGAUUGAGUUAAUUCCUGUCCCCUCCCUCCUCCUGUGUUCUGGUACCAUUGGUCAAUCGGACUCCAUUCUGCAUUGCUGCACACUUCACGUCUACCACCUCUCACUGAUCCUAGCAUUGUAUGUGGUGGUUUAGAGGACACCAGCAGUGAUACAGCAGAGUUUCAGUUCCUUAGCUUCAGUUCCAGCCUUCCACUCAGUGCACCGGUGUUCUCCUCAAAGUUUAACCAUAACACCGGAAGGUGCUGAGGACAGCAAGGCUAAACCCGAACCCUCUCCUACAUGGAACUGAUUUUCACUUUUUUUAACACCUGUUUUAAUUUUUGCAAUUUGUUUUGCAUGCUGAUCACUAACACAACUACUUUCCCUAGCCCGCUGUGGUUCUGCAUUAGUGAGUUGGGGAUAAAGGUUAAAAUCAGUUUGUUAGUCAGUAUUCAAGAUAAAAAAUGUUGCAGGGACUGGAGAUUGGCAGCUGAUCUGAGGGAACGAAGUCCCCGUCCUCAAGGCACAAGUGACGUGUUCCUUGUUUUCUGUGAGCCUUCGUUGUAAUACUUGUGCCUUUUUGUUAGCAGAAUAAUUGUACAGCUUUUUUCAACUGUCACUUGAGCUUAAAGGGUCCCAUUUUCACCAUAAGCUGCUGCUGACUGGGGCUGAAUUCAGUCACUCGGCACUGCUUCCCACUUCCAGCCGGGAGACAACUACUGCAAAGUUCUUAACCCUGAAACUGUGACGUUUCUAACUUGGCCACAGGUUUACUGUAAACAAAAACCUGAGAGUAACCUGACGUUUGAACAUCUGCAUUUUUAAAGUGCCCUGAUUUUUGUUAAAAAAACGUCUUUUUUAAAAAAAAAAGUGGACAAUGCAAAACACGUGCAUCUUAGUGAUUGUCCUAAAUGUGCUCUAAAAGAUUUACAAGAGUGACAGUGAAACCACAGAAAUUCAUCAGUUAUAAACCAGGAACUGCACCCUGACAUGGACACAGGCACAACCUUCACUACACCAACCAAAGUCAGAGCUUGGAGAUUAAAGUGAGUGAACAGUGUGUUUAUAUUGCACCUUUAAAUGCAAAGCUAACGGAUGAUAGUGGAGCAGGAGCAGGAGAAGCAGUUUCAAUUGAUCCUUUGACCUCCACAGGGUUUAUAAUAGAACCAGAUGAAUGGGACCAUGUCAGCUGGAGGAGAAAAAUUGCCUGUGUCCAAGGUUGCAGGUAGUUAGUGAUGCUUGAAGGAGGAUGAUUUAAUGCUACAAUCAGGUAUAAUAUUGACUUCAGGGAUGGAAUUGAUAUUGAGGGGAAAUGUGAUUGGAGGAAUUCAAACAAGUUCUUGGGAAAAUGGACAAAGAAUUGGGAGUAAAGACUUUUGAAAGGGGGUAGAGAAGGGGCAGUCAUCUACAAGGACAGAGGACACAGGGUGAUGAGAGUCCAUGUGAGGGGGAUGGGGACACCACCUUGAGAGAGGUAACCAGUGUGAGCUAACGUGAGAGAGGAGAGCAGGAAGCAUAGUCAGAAAUAUAUAAAGGCUUGGGGGAGCAGAAGGUGGGCUCCAGGGACAAGAUGCCCAUAGUGAGGGCACGAGGGGAGAUGGGAGAGAGAAACGAGAGGGAUGUGUAUUCAAGACCAGGGUUGAGAGCGCCUUGACUGUUGGAUUCCCUUUUGGUAUAGAGGUUGGAAUCCGUCCAUGCUUCCAAAAACGAUCUCAUGGAUCCCCCGAGCACAUGCAUACCUGGCCCUGCCUAGUGAGGGUGUCUGCUUACUGUUUGUUUGUUAAGAACAGGUUUCACUGUAUAGGUACUGCCCUUUUGAUUCUAUCUCCUACCAAACACAAGUUCCCACAGCCGAGUCGACUUUGAUCACAGUUUCAAUUCAUUCUUUGAGGUUUCUAGAACCAGUUUUAUAGUGCAUACAGUGACCAUUUUAAAAAGCAACAAGCAGUGAUGUUGCUCUCUCCAGCCCUGUGUGGAGGAGACUAGAUAAAUUGCAGAACAUCCUGUUGUGUACCCUGUCUCGACUCCAACACUGUGACUGAGAGUGUUUAUCAAUGUGCUGAAAACACAGGUGACGGGGGGAAGGAGGAACAACUGAUGCCAGUCUUUUGGAUGUCUGCAGUUCACAGAUUUUAUUGUCACGUGCAUUGAUGGCUGGAGCACUGUAUUGGCUGUUUCAUUAAUGAUAGAUUAUUGAGUAAUUGAAUUAUCAGAAUAUAUUGCACACAUUCCUUUUGAAGCCUCUGAUUUCACAGCAGCUACCUUCUGCACUCCCAUGGACAGUGAUUCAAGACUAACUUUUCUGAAGUAGAAUCUGGCAGUAGUUCUGCAUAUAGAGUAAGAAAGAAGGAUAACAUUAAUGCAGCUAUAAGCCUUAAAAUUGUGAUAAGUACUUUGAUCGUAAUGUUUUAGGGUGAAGGAUCUAUGAAGGUUUUGUUUGACAUGGGCUUUUGUUCUAGGGUUUUGUCCAUCAUUGUUAUCGACGUACAAUCCAGCCCACACACCCUCGUUGCCUCGUACCACAAUGAUCUUUGAUACUGCAUUCCCUUCAGCUUUUCCUUGUUUUCCCUCUUUCUGUCUGUCCUUCCUGUCACGCCUAUUCUUAUCUCAUCUUACCUUUACAGACUCAUUUAUAGACUUGCCUUUAUGAACUGCUGUAAAAUUCGGAACGGAAACAGAUGCCCUUGCUAGCCGAGAGACUAAAUAACUUACUCCCCCCCCCCCAGUAAGUAUUCUUGGCAGAUGAAUUACUCUGCACAGUUUAUUCCUGGGCUUGUGACCAAGGUGAAAUUGAGCAACUGUUUACUUCUGGAGAUUUUAAUGUAAUUUUCUACCCAAAAGCCUUGUGUAUCAAACAAGCUGCAGGUGCUCAGCAUGGGACUCUCCUACAUCAAAUUCUGUCUGAUUUUGUGCAUUGUUUUAAUGUUUGUUACAAUGUAUUAAAAUUUUCAGUGAUAAGAUAUCUUUUAGUCACAUGUACAUCGAAACACAGUGAAAUGCACCUUUUGCAUAGAGUGUUUUGGGGGCAGCCCGCAAGUGUUGUCACGCUUCUGGCGCCAACUUAGCAUGCCCACAACUUUCUAACCCAUACGUCUUUGGAAUGUGGGAGCACCUGGAGGAAACCCACGCAGACACACGGAGAAUGUACAAACUCCUUACAGACAGCGGUCGGAAUUGAACCCGGGUCGCUGGUGCUGUAAUAGCGUUAUGCUAACCGCUACACUACUGUGCCUGCUUUUCCAAUACUUUUAAAAUUGUUCAGAAUCUCUGCAGUUAGAGAUCAGACUGAAAAGCCCAGCACUGGCUUGUUUUGCUGCAGUUAGGAUGUCUCUCUCAUAUUCUAAGCUGCCCCAUAUCUGACGACUCUGAUCUCUCAAGCUGCUUGUGCCAGCAGUGACCACCUUUGGUAAUCUCUCUGUGUGGCAACCCUGGGAAGUGACGCGGAGUCUAGAACUUCAGACAACCUCGUAACCUGAUUAAUUCCAAGUUUAAGCACAAAUCCGAGAAGGGAACUUUGUGUACAGAUCAUUGAUAGCUGUGUUCGCACCAAUGAGUAUACCUGGUGUUCAGCCAGCAGGGCCAGCUAUCCUCACAGGUACUGGCAUUUGUAAGCUUUCUGCUAUUUGUCUUUAAAUUAUGAUGAUCCUAAGCAUUAAACUGCAGAAUCAACAAAGAAUUUCUUUGACCUUUGAAGGGAAUGAUACGGUCUGUUGAUGCUAUACUGAAGUUGUUAAUAUAAUCAGUGCUGCAUUUUAAAUACCACUUAACGUGUACGAUUAAUAAAACAGCAGUACAACAGGCA